UGUGUGUGUGUGUGAGCCUCACCCGGGUCCCUCAGUGUGUGUGUGUGUGUGUGAGAGCGGGACGGCGGCAGGUCGUGUUUACUGAGACGUGUGAAGAAUUAUAACGUGUUAAUGUCACCACAGGGGAGGAGAGGAGCGCGCGAGAGCACCGAGGACUGAGGAGAACCCUGUGAGUGUGUGUGUGUGUGUGUGUGUGUGUUUACUGAAGACAUUUACUUACUGAGAGACAGUGAUGAUGAUGGGACAGCCCCUGGUUCUGUCCGUGUCCGUGCUCUGUCUCUGUCUCUGUCCUGUCUGUCCCUUUAACCUGGACACUCAGGACCCCUCUGUGUUCUCUGGACCCCGGGGGAGUUACUUCGGCUUCUCAGUGGACUUCUACAGUGCCACAGACAAACAGCAGAACAUCCUGGUGGGCGCUCCUAAAGCCAACGCCUCCUCCUCUUCCUCAGUGACUGAGCGAGGUGCUGUGUAUAGCUGCCCCUGGAAGUCAGGUGGAACGUGUAAGGAGAUCGAGUUCGACAGCAGCGAUAACCGUGAGGAGGGCGGGCAGCAGAUGGAGUUUAAGUCGAGUCAGUGGUUCGGGGCGACGGUUCGCUCAGACGGAGAGCACAUCCUGGCGUGUGCACCUCUGUACCAGUGGAGUACGUACGGCUUUAAGGAACGUGAACCUGUCGGGACGUGUUACCUGAAGAAAGGCUCCACUGUGGUGGAAUAUUCUCCCUGUCGCUCUGGUUCAGCCACUCCUGAGGGACAGGGCUUCUGCCAGGCCGGCUUCAGUGCUGAUAUAGUGAAGAAUAAACGAGUGGUGCUUGGAGGUCCAGGGAGUUUUUACUGGCAGGGUCAGUUGAUCUCAGAUGAUAUCUCCGAGGUCCUCAGUCACCUCAGUAAAGAAUUAACCACCAAGUACAGUAAACAGAUGCUCACAGGCUCAGCCAGCGCACAGUACGACGACAGCUACCUCGGUUACUCUGUGGCAAUAGGAGAUUUUAAUGAGGACGGUGUGGACGAUUACGCCACCGGUGUUCCGAGAGGAGAGAAGGCUCUGGGCUACGUGAACGUCUUUAACGGGAAGACCAUGGCCUCGGCAGUGAACUUCACCGGCCUGCAGAUGGCGGCGUAUUUUGGAAACGCAGUCGCUGCAACAGACAUCAACAAUGACGGGAAGGUGGACCUGUUUGUGGGAGCUCCUCUGUUUAUGGAGCGUGGCUCAGACGGGAAGCUGCGUGAGGUGGGUCAGGUGUACGUCUACCUGUCGAGCGGCGGCUUCUCCUUCCAGCCUCCUCUCAAACUCACCGGCUCUGAGAUCUACUCUCGCUUCGGCAGCUCCAUCACCAGCCUGGGGGACCUGGACGGGGACGGCUUCAACGACGUGGCGGUGUCUGCUCCAUACGGUGGUUCCUCUCGACAGGGCCUGGUGUACGUGUAUAACGGGGGAGUGGGCGGGGUCGACCCUCAGCCCUCUCAGGUCUUGGAGGGAAAGUGGGCGUCGACCUCACCGCCUCCCAGCUUCGGUUACGCCAUGCACGGUGCCAUGGACAUCGACCAGAACGGCUACCCGGAUCUGGUGGUGGGUGUGUUUGGAGCUGACAAAGCCAUUCUUUACAGGGCUCGGCCGGUGAUCAGUGUAAACUCCACCCUGGAUGUAACUCCACAGAUCCUCAGUCUGGAGAAUAAAACCUGCCCCCUUCCUGGAACCGCGCCCGUCUCCAUGGUGUCCUGUUUCAUGGUGAAAUACUGCCUGAAGGCCAGCGGAAAAGGAGCACCGUCCACUCUGAAGUUCCAGGUGGACCUGACUCUGGACCGGCUGAAGCAGAAGGGAGCGAUAAAGCGAGUGUUGUUUCUCCACAACCGUCUGUCUCAGUACACCAAGUUCAUGAGUGUGACGAACGGAGGAGCGGCGUCCUGUGAGGAGCUGCAGGCUUAUCUUAUAGAUGAGUCAGAGUUCAGGGAUAAGAUCACUCCCAUCUCUACCUUUAUGGAGUUCAGUCUGGAUUACGACAGCGCUGCAGAUAAAACGGGCCUGAAACCAAUCCUGGACCAGUCCAACCCGGCCAACGUCACCAAGCAGGCCCAUAUACUGUUGGACUGUGGUGAUGAUAAUAUUUGUAAACCAGACCUGAAACUGGAUGUGGUCAGUGAGCAGAAGCAGAUCUACAUCGGAGACGAUAGUCCUCUGACUCUGGAGGUGACGGCAGAGAACCGCGGUGAGGGAGCGUACGAGGCCGAGCUCAGCAUCAUCAUCCCACCUCAGGCUGACUUCAUAGGUGUGGUGAGAAACAGUAAGACGUUGUCACGGCUCUCCUGUGCGUAUAAAAGGGAGAAUCAGACUAGAGUGGUGUGUGAUCUGGGAAACCCCAUGAAAGGAGGAACUAAGAUCAUGGCUGGUUUACGGUUUAGUGUUCAUCAGCUGUCAGAGCAGGACACAUCAGUGAAGUUUGACCUACAGAUACUGAGCUCCAAUCAGUAUAACAGCAGCAGUAACCUGGUUACCGUGGUAACGAAGCUGGCUGUGCUCGCUAAAGUGGAGAUCCGAGGUGCCUCUGCCCCAGAGCAGGUGUUCCUGCCCAUCAUUAAUUGGCAGCCCAAAGAGAACCCUGUGGUGGAGGACGACAUCGGCCCACUAGUGCAGCACAUCUACGAGUUGAGGAACAAAGGUCCGAGUGCGUUCUCAAAGGCCAUGCUGGACGUGGAGUGGCCGUAUCGCUACAACAACGGCUCUCUGCUCUACAUCACCAAGUACGAGGUGGAUGGAGCCAUGAACUGCAGCACCGACAUCGAGAUCAACCCCCUCAACGUCACGAACCCCGUGUACUGGAAUAAGAACACGAGCGUUUCGACGGGCGACCGGACCGAGGGCCGUGUACGGAGCCAUGUGCACCGGCGAGACCUGCAGGAGCAGAGGGAUGAGCACGACAUGCUCACACUGGACUGUGAGAAGGCGCAGUGCUUGAAGAUUAAGUGUCAGGUUGGGCGUUUGGAGCGAGGUCAGAGUGCAAUCCUCUUCAUUUACUCCAGACUGGCCGUGUCCACCUUCCUGCAGGCCGAUGUUCAGAACCACUCGUACGUGGUGAAGUCUUCAGCUUCGUUCAGCGUGAUCGAGAUGCCGUACAAAAACCUGGACUUUGAGCUGCCGGUUAACAGCACGACCGCGAGCCUCAGCGUGGUGUGGGUGAACUCUGAGAUGACCCAGCCUGCCCCCAUCUGGGUGGUGGUGGUAGCGGUGUUAGCCGGCCUGCUGCUCCUCGCGCUGCUCAUCUUCAUCAUGUACAAGCUUGGUUUCUUUAAGCGAGUGCGCCCCCCACAGGAGGACGGGACAGAGAAGGAGCAGCUCCAGCCUCAGGAGAACGGAGACAAGAGCACUGAGACCUGAUGUGUGUGUGUGUGUGUGUGUGUGUGUGUGUUACUGGCUUAUUCCUCCCUGUACUGCACUGACAUGUUAAACAUUACCACAUGCUGAUUUUUGUGUGUGUGUGUGUGUGUGUGUGUGUGUGUGUGUGUGUGAGCGGUAAAGCUCCACAGUGUCCACAUGAAUAACGGAGUAGAGAUUUACACAGAAUACUAACGCGUACAGGUACGAUAAACUUCUGAUGAUGUAACGAUGUGUGUUUUAAAUGAACUUUGCGUGAUUUUCCUUCAGUACUUUGUGAAAGCAGAUGUUGCAGAUGUUGCAGAUGUUGCAGAUGUUACAGAUGUUCCUGAGUUGGAAUGGAGUGCUGUAUUAAAUCACUCCUGGGGGGGCGCUGAGGAGAGAAGUGAAGUGACUUACAUGGUGUGUGAAAGCGGCGACUCAGGACGACCCGCGGCGUAGCAUCUCGUCACUGUUCAGUUUAAUCAAUAGCUACAUGGGAAAUUUCUCUAGAAUUGUCUUUAGAAUUCGCCUUCGCCGUAACUAACCCUUGUCAGAUUUCUGUACGAGUCUGUGUCUGUUACCAUAGCAACGUGGAGUCUUAUAAAAUAAUUAACGUUUACUAAAUUAUAACGGUUACACAAAUCGGCAAAAAAGAUCAAACGAUAGCCCGGACAUGGGGCAUUUCUUAAAUGGUUGUCAUGGUAGUGUGUGCUAGUUUAUACAUUAGUGUUGUUCGUUGUUCUGGAUUAAAUUUUACAAAGUAUUAAAUGUCAGAAGGACAUAAAUAUUCAAAACUGCUGCGGUGAAAAUUAAACAACGCCACUUUAUGGAUCUGGAGAAUUGCAUUAUGGGAUUGACUUUACUGGGACACGCCUGCAAUCUGCUGCCCUGAACACGCCCCCUAUGUAGGCACCCUACUCCGGAACGGUGUGUGAAUAUUAUAUUAUUCAUUUUUAAAUCUGUUACGCAGCUCUCUCUUCCGCACUCCGAUGUUUAGUCUUCAGUUUUUAAUUGUUUUCCACAAAAUCAACGAAAUUGUGCAAAAUGAAAUAUUUAAACACUGUGUAAAACCUACAGUUUAAUGGUGUACUACUUCCUGUAAGCGUGUAGUCGCAGUGCACUAUGGUUUCCUGUUUCCUCCCCGUAUUCGACCUGUAGCUAUGUUCAACAAAUCUUUAUACGAAAAAUAUGUCACAGAAUUAAAUCUAUUUUAUUACAGAAACCAGAUUUUUCUUACUCUAAUGAAUUCUUUCUUAUUAAAUUUAACAACAAUGUAAAAGAUAAUAUAUCUGUCCACCAUCUGUGAGAAGUUUGACCAGCGUUUGUGUCUCCGCCUGAUAAAUUACAGGUUUAUGUUGGUCUUGUUAAUGAGCUGUGUUUGUAACUGUUUGUACCUGAUGGUCCUGUACGACAUGCUGACCUGUAAUAACCCCGUCACCUUGGCCGGAUGAUUUCACCCAUAUUGGGUCACAUUAACGCUCCAAACAGUCUAAUCAUCUCCGCGUCACAGUAUUUAGAUUUUCUCUAUGAGUCUAAAGUGCGAUGUCAGUAACUACAACUCUAAUCCUUACUCUUAUGCUCUUCACGCUCUACUGAGGAUUAGAUUUUUGUUUGUUUUUAUUUUUUCCUACAAAGUGAGAUUUUGAUUAUUUCUGUAACACUUUCACGAGUCUAAAAGUAAAUAAAUAAUGGAGUCACA